CGGCGCCAACUUUCUUUCCACAACAUGAAUUCAUUAUGCAGAAAACGCGACCGUUUUCAUUACUACGAGAGGCUUAUAUCAACACUAAUCAGUCAUGGUGACGUGCAGACAGCAAGGAUGCACUUUACUCCGACUUAUCCAGUCUUCCCGUGCUCACGCUGUGUCUGUCCUGUAGCAAUGGCUAGACUGCCACUGGAAAACACCUCGCGCACGAUUACGAUCCAGUUUUCCCCGACUUGGUCUGGACAUGCUCGUUGGCCAUCUCUCGAAGUCCAAAAUUUCCGAUUGGACGUUUAUAAAUAGAACCAAUCAUGGCCUCGUGCGCUGAUCUGUGUCCUAGGAACAGAGUCUCGCAGACCGUCGAUAUUGGCAGAGAUGGAUGUGGGAUGAAUUCCAGACUUUCUUAAGUUCCAUGGGAGGCAUAGAGCAUCGCCACUCCAGUUGGCUCUUACCCCGAUUCUGCGGGACUACGUCUGUGAGCAUUUCCAUUCAGGAUCGAUAUUCCAGACACUGCUCCACGGAAAUUCGAUCCACAAGGUCGGGGCGCUGACCAUUGACAUGAUGUCUGCUUCACCGUGGAAACCCCGAUAGGGCCGCCUGGGCGAUGCUCCUUCCAUGACGUUUCGAAUCGGGAUCAGAUGCCCUGAGCGACAACCCUGCGGGUUGCAGGUCCGGCUUGUCCGGCCGUCUAAUAAUCGUCGUGUACUUCAGUUCAUUGCCCAGUUGGAUCAAGAGUCCACUGAAAGCUUCCAUGGUCAUAACCUGUCUCAUUGGCCACUCGUUGCUAUUUUGUUCUCGUCUCGUCCGACGACUAUCCAGCCAUUGGAAAAGCCCUCGCAGUAGCAGCAUAUCCACAUCGGUUUAUAAAUAUAGCGGUAUUCUGCCCUCUAACUUAAACAAUACGCCUGGUGCCUUUCGUUUUGCAAAAGCCAAUUCUCUCUUUACCUAUACAUACCCCCAUACCUAUUAAUUGGUCUUCAGAGCUACAUAUCAUUCGUUUUAUCUUCAAUGAAGAACCUUGCCGCCAUUGCAGCUCUUGCUGCUGGGGCAAAUGCCCUCGUUGGUAGGGGCGACACAUGUUGCUUCCAUCUGACGGCAUAUGGCGGUGUUCCUGGCACCCUUGGCCAGCUGGGUGAUGGUCAGAAUCGCAUCUUGGGAGGUCUUCCUCCCGCUCAGUAUUGCAUUGACUCUGCUGGCGCCAUCACGGAUGGCAGUGGUCGCGGAUGUAUCCUUACGCCCCCUACCACUCAGUUCCAGUGUGACAUAGGGGCCAGUCCUCACCCCGGCUUCUCUGUGAAUGCGCAGGGUGGACUUACAUAUAAUGGGAGCACCCACUUUGUCGCAUGUGCUACCGGCGACAAUGGCGAAUAUAACGUCUACACAAGCCCCAAUAGCGCGGACGUAACUGGUUGCAAAGAUGUCACCUUGACUGCAGACUCUUGUCAGGGCUCGGGAUCCAAACCGUCCCCAUCCCCAUCCCCAACUCCCGGUGCGCCUACGGGUACUCCCGGUACGCCUGGCACUCCUGGCACUCCUGGCACUCCUGGCACUCCUGGCACUCCCGGUACGCCUGGCCAACCUGGUACUCCUGGCACUCCCGGUACUCCUGGCCAACCUGGUACUCCUGGCACUCCCGGCACGCCUGGCAUUAAUGGCACCACUGGCACUCCCGGUACGCCUGGCCAACCUGGUACUCCUGGCACUCCUGGCACGCCUGGCAUUAAUGGCACCACUGGCAUUCCCGGUACUCCUGGCACUCCUGGCACUCCUGGUCAACCCGGACAGCCUGGGACACCGGGAACGCCUGGCCAACCUGGUACUCCUGGCACUCCUGGCACGCCCGGCACGUCUGGUGGCCCUGGCACCAAUGGCACCACUGGCAUUCCCGGUACUCCCGGUACUCCUGGUACUCCUGGUCAACCCGGACAGCCUGGGACACCGGGAACGCCUGGCCAACCUGGUACUCCUGGCACGCCCGGCACGUCUGGUCAACCUGGCCAACCUGGCACUCCUGGCACUCCUGGCACGUCUGGUGGCCCUGGUACUCCCGGUACUCCUGGCACUCCCGGCAUGCCUGGCACGCCUGGUGGCCCUGGCACCAAUGGCACCACUGGCACUCCCGGUACUCCUGGUACUCCUGGUCAACCCGGACAGCCUGGGACACCGGGAACGCCUGGCCAACCUGGUACUCCUGGCACUCCUGGCACGCCCGGCACGUCUGGUGGCCCUGGUACUCCUGGCACUCCUGGCACUCCCGGCAUGCCUGGCACGCCUGGUGGCCCUGGCACCAAUGGCACCACUGGCACUCCCGGUACUCCUGGUACUCCUGGUCAACCCGGACAGCCUGGGACACCGGGAACGCCUGGCCAACCUGGCACCCCUGGCACUCCCGGCACGCCUUGCCAGCCCGGACAGCCGGGUGCCCCAGGGGCUUCUUGUACAUGUGCUUGCCCUUCUGGUAUCCCUGGUGUCCCUGGCCAGCCCGGACAGCCUGGCACUCCCGGUACUCCUGGCACUCCCGGUGCGCCUGGACAGCCUGGUACUCCUGGCACUCCCGGUACUCCUGGUACUCCUGGUCAACCCGGACAGCCUGGAACACCGGGAACGCCUGGCCAACCUGGUACUCCUGGCAUUAAUGGCACCGCUGGCGUCAUUCCGUCGACCCCCACCUAUAGGACUCCAGGUGCCCCGACUUCAGCUCCUAGCAUACGGACUUCUGGAAUCAGUCAGGGACCAACUUCUACGCUGUCUGUGGUUCCGUCAAGCCCUGUGCCUACUCCACCAAGCAGCCCCCAGACAACAGCCACGGCUACUCAGCCCUCUGCCUCAAGCUGCCCUACUAACCUAUCUGGGGACUACCAGUAUCCUCACUUGAUUGUCCCUAUUAACUCCUCAGCACCGAACACUGCGGAGGGAGACUCUCUCAAUGGCCAGAUUUCCGCCACUGUUUCAAGCUUGUUCAAUUUCGAUAUUCCGCCAUCGUACUCCGGUCGGACUUGCUCUCUUGUAUUUUUGUUCCCUCAGAAGCAAGACCUCCAGACGUCUUCUUUCAACUUCAGUGGUGAUGGGAAGCUUGACUUUGCUGCCUUGACAUCUGUUGCUAAUUCACAGACGACUUACAACAAUGCACCUUCGGUCAAGCAGGAUUAUGGCACGUUCACUGUUUCUCCUGGGCAUUCCUACCUCAUCUCUACCUUCGCCUGUCCAGCCGGACAGGCUGUUGGCUACAAGGUGAAGAAUGCUGGCAGUACUGAUCUUACUUACUUCCAGGACUGGAAUCCGUCACCAAUCGGAUUGUUCAUAACCUCCUGCUAGAUGCCAGACUUUUAUCUCUUACGUAGCUUAUGAAGCUACAUAACUUGGACUGGAUUGGACUGAAUGUUGGUUGGAUUUUCGUUUACUUCGGCGUGUACUCACGUAUGCGUAUGCGUGUAUUCUAUUGUUCUGUACAUGUACCGUGGAAAAACUCCCUAAAAGGAUAGGUGUCUGUUCAGUAUGUUUAUCAUAAUGGGAUAUUUCCAUUUUGAAAAUGAAUGUAUGUUGAGAUGCCUUUUGGCCAGUGUUGCUAGUCUUGUAUUCGUGGAUGCGGUAAUACCUGUCGCAUAACACAUCGCGUGGAUAACUUCCCGAUGAAACGCGGGGAGGAUCGCGGUGUCAUAUUUGGGAGCCUUGUUAUUCUAUGAUGUAUCGUUAUACCGUCGACGAU